AUGCCGCUGCAGGAUGACACCCUCCGAGAGGUGUGGGCCUCGGACAGUGGGCAUGAGGAGGAAGGCCGGAGCCCCGAGAUGCAGAGGCGCCCCAAGCAGCGACCCGUGCCCGGACAGAAGUGGAGGAAGAAGACGGAGGUCCCAGAGGACCCCUGCCCUACCGGAUCCAAGCUCCGGAGACCUGGAGCGAGCCGGCGGCCACCGCGGCAGGAGCCCACCCCUGACCCAGCCGAUGGCCAGGCGCCACCACGCGACCUCUACACCAAGUUCCUCAGGGACCCCGAAGCCAAGAAGCGCGACCCCCAAGAAACGUUCCUAGUAUCCCGGGCCCCUGAUAUGGAGGACGAGGAUGAUGAUGAGGAAGAGGAGGACAACAGGGAUGGUGAGGAAGAGCAAGAGGAGAAGAAAGAGAAAGUCCCUCAACCUCCCAAGAAACCUCCUAAAGAGAAGGCUUCAGCAGAUGCCAAAGAGAGAAGGACCAAGAGCCAGGGUCCAAGGGGGGACCUGGGAAGUCCUGUCCCCCCACAGAAGCCACUUCGCCUGAAGAAGAAGGGGGCCCCCUCUGGGGAAGCAACCAAGAUGAGGAAGGUCAAGAAGAAAGAGCCCGGUGAGGCGUCUGAGGAUGUCUCAGAGAGCCCCGCCGGCGUGAGGAAGAAGACGCCCGCCGCCGCCAUGUUUCUGGUGGGAGAAGGGGGCCCAGCUGCAAAGGCUUGGAAGAAAAAAGGUGUUCCCAAAGGCCCGGGAGUGAGGAAAGAGGAAGAGGAGGAGGAAGAGCUGGUGACCAAGAACAGCAAUCCGAAGGGCAAAGCGAAAGGAAAAGGCAAAAAGAAGGAAGAGAGACCCCCAUCCCCCCCUGUGGAGGUGGGUGACCCUGGAGAGUUUGUGCUGCGGCCUGCCCCCCAGGGGCGCAUAGUGCGCUGCCGGCUGACCCGAGACAAGAAGGGCAUGGACCGGGGGCUAUAUCCCUCCUACUUUCUGCACCUGGACACGGAGAAGAAGGUGUUCCUCUUAGCUGGCCGGAAACGGAAACGGAGCAAAACAGCCAAUUACCUCAUCUCCAGUGAUCCCACCAAUCUGUCCCGAGGAGGGGAGAAUUUCAUUGGGAAGCUGAGGUCCAACCUCCUGGGAAACCGCUUCACCGUCUUUGACAACGGGCACAACCCGCACCGUGGAGGCGGCGGCGGGGACGUGGGGAGCCUGCGCCAGGAGCUGGCGGCGGUGAUCUAUGAAACCAACGUGCUGGGCUUCCGCGGCCCCAGGCGCAUGACAGUCCUCAUUCCAGGCAUGAGUUCUGACAGCGAGAGAGUUCCCAUCCGGCCCCGAAACGCCAGCGACGGGCUGCUGGUGCGCUGGCAGAAUAAGACACUGGAGAGCCUCAUUGAGCUGCACAACAAACCGCCUAUCUGGAACGAGGACAGUGGCUCCUACACCCUGAACUUCCAAGGUCGGGUCACCCAGGCCUCGGUCAAGAACUUCCAGAUUGUCCACGCUGAUGACUCUGACUACAUCGUGCUUCAGUUCGGCCGAGUGGCGGAGGACACCUUCACCCUGGACUACCGGUAUCCGCUGUGUGCCCUGCAGGCCUUCGCCAUCGCCCUCUCCAGUUUCGAUGGGAAGCUGGCCUGCGAGUGA